AUGAUUGAGGUAGGGGUUCAGAGAUACCACGGUGCUGAAGUCGACUAUCGCGGCCCCAGACGUGGCUCUCGCUGUGCGCCAGCCGGUCGCUCGAGGCUGCACGACAUCUGUGCCGCGCUCGGUCGGAAAGACAGUUGGAUGGACGUGAGAGCGAUGCUGGCUUUCCUUGACCUUACGCAAUCUCCUAGGGUAUGGGACGCCGAGAACGCCUGUCGGCCAUUGGUGGAUGACAACACGCCCGCAUUGCAGCAGCCAUAA